UUAAGAUUAACAAUGAUUUUCUUCGUAUUAAGUGCUGUGUUUAUCGCAAGUGGCGGAGGCGCCCAGCUCAAUGAUGAAAAUUGUGAUUCAGGAGAAUUGAAAGUGUGCGUCGAGUUGAUUCCACGGACGCCUGUUGGACUGCCGAAGACCAAAGAAGAACUUGAUCUACACUGCUCCGCAUACCAAACGGGAAUGGCGUGCAUGGACGGAUGGAUUAAGAGAUGUUUGCCGACCGAUGGGCAGAAAUUGGUACAGCAACAAAUUGGGGGCGCUCGGGCACUGAUGCGUUUCCUUUGUACCAACGAGACUGCUCUACGAAGAGAGUUUUUGAAAGAGCCAAUGUGUUGGGGCCGAGUAUCGCCGGAUUGGUCAAGAUGCGUCGACGAGUUACAAGUAGCCGUACGAGAAAUAAGUGAACAAGCACAACAACUCACUUAUUUCAACAGGAACGCUGAACUAUGCUGCGCAAGAGAUGCGUUUAUGAUGUGCGUGGCGCAUGCGGGUCGAAGUUGUUCAAACUCGGCGGGUACUUUGCUCAAGCGUAUGGCAUGGGUGCUCGCACAAGACGUCGCUGCCUGUAGUCAACACCCAAGAGCAUACUGCGCUGCAUCCCCGCCCCCGUUCGCUGCACCGCUUCUAACAGCGAUCUAUGGUGUGAUGCUCUACCCACCACGAUUAUAAACGUGUGACAUUCAUGUACAUGGAC